AUGCAAUAUGUUGGAAAGCUCGUGUCUUCCGUGUAUAACACCAUUACGCCCAAUAUCAAUCCAUCGACUCUGACAGGUGCGAUUGAUGUGAUUGUGGUGGAGCGCGAAGUGGAAGUCGAGGAGACGACCACGUUGGAGGAUGGUACGACUACCAAAACGCGGCGCCGAACAACAGAAUUGGCAUCAUCGCCCUUUCAUGUGAGGUUUGGAAAGAUGAGUGUACUUCGUCCGGCCGAGCGCAAGGUGACAUUGCACUUAAACGACUCACCUGAUCCCCUUCCCUUCGCGAUGAAGGUGGGUGAGAAUGGCGAGGCCUUUUUUGUGAUGAAAAUCGAUCAGGCAUGCGACUCUGUACCUGAUUCUCUGGUGACAAGUCCUAUGGUCUCGCCAACGACAGAAGAGCCCUCGGAUGACAAGCCCCACGAGCCCGAGCCUUUAGACCUGGGUGCGUCGCAGGCAUCCUUGCAGAUGUUUAGAACACCUAUUGGCGGCUCUGAUACGGCUUCUGACACGACCAUUGAUGCUCCCGACACCACGACGGAGGCGGAUUCGUCGCUUCAAGCUGCUGCUAUUGAUGUGCCGCCAACGACUGAUGCGUCUGAGUUGGAUUUGGAUAUGGAUGGUUACAAGAUGACAGAGCUGCGUAAGGAAGAAGCGUUGGAGCAGGGUCAGCGCUUUGCUUCAGAGAUGCCACUGAACCGCCGCCACGGUGGCAACAUUGUUUUGCCACUCUCAGAGCGUCUCAGUGGUAUGCAGCUUCGUUGGCAGCAUCAGUGGCUCGAUCAUAUCACGCCGUCUAAGGUAGAUACGCCGCAACGGCCACGUCGCUCGAGUGAUGCGUCCAUUGUGACGAUCCAGACCGAUGAACCGAGUGAAGAAACUCGACCUCACCUUCCAGUAUCGCUAAGCGAUACUGAGUUAUUGCGUAUGCAGCACUACAAGGAAGACGAGGGUAGGCCGUCUACACAGUCCGCAUUUGUGGAAGAAGGCGAUACUGUUGAGCAGCAACAAGAUGAAGACGAGGACGCCGUGGGCACAUUGUCGUGCGCCGAUGCCGACCCAUAUUUGUUCCAACUCAAGCUGGAUGCCGACACUGUGUAUACCUUUGAGCUGAGCCUGUGCUCUCCUUCGCCAUUGUCCUCGAAUGAGGGCGACGAUUCUGAGAUGGAGACCCUUUUUGACGAGGGCCGCGUUUCGUUCCAGCGGUUUAUGGAAGAUGAUACGAUCAUUCAGGACCCACGUCUGUGUUUGCGUCGCAACGACAAGUACCACUGGCCUGAGAAAGACACAGAUAUGUUCUCUACUCUCACGUUAUACCGCAACGCAUUGUUGCGAUCCAGCAAUACUAUGGCGACCAAUGGGUUGAAAGCUAGUUUGUGGCGUCGGUGGUGGGGUACGAAGCCGCCGGCGCCCACAGCACGGCAUUCGAUGGAUCCGACUACCAGCUUAGUUUUGCCGAGCCCUACCAGCACUUCCAGCCAUGCGGCCUCCUCGGAGAGCGAGCCGCCCACGCCCAAGAGUGCGCCUGCUGAGACGUACGUCAAGACAUUGCGACUGUCAUCGGACCAGCUGAAGCAAUUGAACCUCCUCAAAGGCAUGAAUACCAUUACGUUCUCUGUGACGUCAUCAUACUCGGGCGUUGCUACAUGCCAAGCCAGAAUCUUUUUGUGGGACAGCGAAAAGCCCGUAGUGGUAUCGGACAUUGAUGGUACCAUUACAAAAUCGGAUGCUCUAGGCCAUGUGUUUACACUGAUGGGACGAGACUGGACGCAUCUAGGCGUAGCCAAACUGUACCAUGACAUUGCGCAAAAUGGGUACCGUAUCAUGUAUUUAACAUCGCGAGCGAUUGGGCAAGCGGAUAUCACGCGGGACUACUUGAAGAACAUCAACCAAAACAACUACCAGCUUCCUGAUGGCCCUGUGAUCAUGAGUCCGGAUCGGUUAAUUGCCUCGCUGCAUCGUGAAGUCAUCUUGCGCAAGCCGGAAGUCUUUAAAAUGGCAUGUCUGCGUGACAUUUCGCGCCUCUUUGGCAUUGAUCCUUCUCACCCAGUGGGCGAUCAAACGACGCCAUUCUACGCGGGCUUUGGCAAUCGUAUUACCGAUGCCCUCAGCUAUCGCAGUGUGAAUAUCCCGAGUUCACGCAUUUUCACCAUUGACGCGAAUGGUGAGGUAAAGAUGGAGCUCCUGGAGCUUGCAGGCUACAAUACAUCGUACCCCAAUAUGACGGACCUUGUCGACCAAAUGUUCCCACCUGUGCGCGACAUGAAACGCAAUCCCAAAACUGCCGCCUUCUCCGACUUUAACUACUGGCGAGACGACCCGAUUGAUGUGGAACUGCCGCCGGAUAGCGAGUUGGUCUCUGUGGUCCAGCCGACGUCACCGUCGCUCCGGGGUCUACGCAGCCCCAAGGCCACACCUCAAGCCUCGUUAGACGUACCCGCAGCCCCAUCGCCAGGCACAGAAAAACCCAGUCGCUUCCGCCGCCUGUUAGGACUUCGCCGACGCGACAAGUCCACGUCGUCAGCAGCUAUGCCCAUCCAGGAAGAGAAGUCAGCUACGUCGCCCUCGCUCUUGGCUCACUCGUUUGAUGCAUCCGAUGGUUCUAUGUCGCCCAACAGUCUUUUGAGCCAGUCACCAUCCAGUCCCACUAUGGGCCGUCAGAUUUUAUACAGCGAUGAGCCUUUGUCGCUGGAGGAGAAUGACAAGCAAGGCAAUCUGGAGGACGAGGACAUGGAUGAGUCGGCACUAUCGCCUGAAGCUCGUCGCCGCUUGGAACGCCGCCGCCGUCUCUUGUACGGCACACCAUCGGUAAGCUUGCAUCGCGGUAUCGACGCACAACCAGGGGACGCAGCACACGAGGCCAAAGACGACCUAGGUGACGAUCCGUUACUCGAAGCCGGCGAUAUCCAGUUCGAAUGGCGUGGUUAA